CUCCCAAACUGACAGGAAAGGCAGUGCAGCAUUCCCAUCGCUUCGUGGAUAGAAGCGCAUCUUUACACGGCGAGCAUCCACAGCAAGAGUACCUGAACCGUGGGGAAACGCAGAUUAAUUGUCUACUACUGUAAAAAAGCAACCCAAACAUGUCUGUGGGUGGUGACUUUGGGAACCCUUUGAGAAAAUUCAAACUCGUUUUUCUGGGGGAGCAAAGCGUUGGGAAAACAUCCCUGAUCACGAGGUUCAUGUAUGACAGCUUCGACAACACGUACCAGGCAACGAUUGGAAUUGACUUCUUAUCAAAAACAAUGUAUUUAGAAGACCGAACGGUGAGGCUGCAGCUGUGGGACACGGCGGGACAGGAGCGGUUCAGGAGCCUCAUCCCCAGCUACAUCCGUGACUCCACUGUGGCCGUGGUGGUGUAUGACAUUACAAACGUUAAUUCCUUCCAGCAGACUUCCAAAUGGAUUGAUGAUGUCAGAACAGAAAGAGGAAGUGAUGUCAUCAUCAUGUUAGUGGGCAACAAAACAGACCUGGCUGAUAAGAGGCAAAUUACAAUUGAAGAGGGAGAGCAGAGAGCCAAAGAGCUGAAUGUAAUGUUCAUCGAGACCAGCGCAAAGACUGGCUACAACGUCAAGCAGCUGUUUCGACGUGUGGCGGCCGCCCUGCCAGGGAUGGAGAGCAUGCAGGAGACGAGCAAAGAAGGCAUGAUUGACAUCAAGCUGGACAAACCACAGGAGCCUCCAACCAGCGAGAGUGGGUGUUCCUGUUAAUGCACAGGACUGGACUGGGCAGCUUCAUUUACCACAUGCUUGUUGUGUUGCUUCCUAUUGGUUAGCUUCCAGUUGAGUUUUCAGAUAUUCGGAUAUUUGGCCUUUUACAUCUGAUUGGUUGGAACUAGUGUCUUCAAUCUUCAGUUGUAAAAUAUUGUACUUUAUUAACUAAAUUGCCAAAAAGUUUUAAAAAUUCAAAAAUGAAAAAAAAACAGAAAGGAAAAAAAUGGUAGAUUAAUUUCAAAUGUGUGUAUACUUUUUGAAAACUAGAAUGGUACAGUUUUUUGUUUUGUAUUUUUGUAUACAUAAGGAAAAGCACUAAAAUGAUGCAGACAACCUAAGUAUUCAGCUUGUUCAAGAGUGAGAGGGAUUGGGCUGGAUAGUCCAAUAAAAAUAGCAUUCCUAAGUGAAUAUACACAGCAUGCAUGCAAGCAGUUUUUGAGCGUUAAUUCUGUCUGCUGGUGUACACAAGUUUAAAAUGUUAAAGCUUAUUAACACCUGUGACUUUAUGCAUCACGUGGAAAGUUAUCUUGUCCAACAUUCCUGUAAAAAAAAAAAAAAAAACUGGAUUUCAGUACAUGAUUUAAGAAUUUGUUUUUCAGUCAGUUGAAUGUGUAAAUGUUACCUAUCUAUACAAGCAACUUUAGAUAGCAACUGGGCCCUUUGAACAAGCCAUGUCCUUUGCAUCAGUGCAUAUUGACCAUUUUUGCUGAUGGAAUUUCACAAGCUUUCCCAAACACUGAGACAUGCUACAAAGUACUGUAUAUAGUGUUUAUAUGAUUGUGAUCACUCUUUGUUAGAUACAGUCCUUAUUCACCCAUGUAGAAGAUACAUAGCAGGCUUUAAGGAUCAAAGGGCUUCACUCCAGCCUUUGUCUUUUCCCACUGACAGCCACACAUUCGCUGCACAGUGUCUUAUGUCUUAUCUAUAGUCUGUUUUGUCAUGGCCUUACUCUCUAACCGAUUCACUGGAUAAAAUUACAUUGGUAGCUGAUCUGUCCCACUCCAUCUACCUACAAUACCUCUUAAGAACGUGUGCUUUUCUGGCCUCGUCUCCACAAAAAAAUCACGGGAGACAUGACUGGCAAUAGACAACAGUAGUAUGCACAUUUCGGCCUUUGCUGCGCUUAAAGUUAUGAAGUUAGCCGCCGUUAGCAUGGAGCAACGAGGGAUGACCUCUACAGGGAUUGGGUGUCCUGAGAUUGUCCUCAAGACAAAGACAACAUUGGUCAGCCUGUCUAAAAAACCGAAGCGCUAUGAAAGCACUUAGCUGUUUUCGCGGGACUGCCUUGGGGGGGACCACACUCACCACAGAGCUUGCUUACCAAGAAAAACUUGGUCCGUUAGCAUGGUGCAACGUCUGCAGGUUUAUAUGCAAAAAUUUUAAAAAGGAAAUUAACACUAGGGAACAGCAAAGGAACUUCAAAACAUUCAGAUUUCUGGUGGCCCAGUGGUUAGUGAAAUGGUUGUUUUAUUUGACACGUCUUCUUUGUGUGAGAAUUAAAUGCACUUUUUGUAUAUGUUUUGACAAUGAAAUAUCUGCAUAGUAGCCUUUUCCAUUAAUGGAGCAUUACACGCAUCUUCAUAGGAGCUAGAAUACCUUAAAGAUUCAUAUUAUGUUUUUAAAUGAUGCAUAGUUAUUAGAAAGCUAUUUUCUAAAUGGCUAACAUUGUCAGGCUCAAUUCAACCAAAAUCUUUAUGCAGGAACCUCUUAGAAUAUGAGGAUACAGCUGGAGUAAGGUGCAGGUGUGUGCUGCUGCCGUAUGUUUCUGAAUGCUUUUAGAUGAGUUGAACAGGAUAUGGGUUCACUGUGUCUGUACAACUGACUAAGACCAGGAUACCACUUGCUUUAUUCAAAGAACACUAAAAUCAUCUGAAAAACGCCCUUCUACAAUAUUUACUUAUUUGCUUCUAGCCCUUUCUCUGCCAAUAGAGGACUUUGACUGUAAAUUUGUCUGUUAAUCUGAAAUGUUGAAAGUGCACUGUAGAUUCAUAUCCAACCGUUAUUGUUUUCAACAUAGAUGUAUAUUGCUGCCUGAGAGGACUGCAGAAGGGGUAAAAUAUUCAGGCGCUCACUGGACAACUAAACUGGAGAGCCCAACCCCCACCCACCCCCUCGCCCCACACUGUAAAAUACCAUGGCGCAUAUCCACCAUAGUUGUGAAGGAAGCCCAGAAGGCCUCCUCGUAGUUGUCCAUGUUACCCCUUACUUUGAUGAGCUUUUUUCUCCCGUUUACUUGUUUAUUACACCGGUGCCUUCUUGGAACACUUUUUGGCAUGCCAUGUGCUCCUUGUGGGGGGUCUAGAACAUUCUGCAGUGGGGCUUUUGGGCAUAGAAAUGAAAACUUGGGGAGUUUGGGGUGGGGAGUACUUCUUAAUUGGGUUAAUUGACAUGUGUAUUUGUCAUUCAUUUACCACGUACCUUAGAAUGUGUCAGAGCAUUUUUUUGUUUUGUUGAGUCAGCGCUGUAGCCAGGCCUGGAGUGUCAGCAGAACCUUCCAUGUAAGGAAGUACCCACCUUGGUAUAGUUUCAUUUGGCUGGGCUUUGAGAGGGAGGACUGGCAUUCCCCCAGCUUCCACACAGCACUAGGGGCCCGUAGUGCUUUCUGUAGCGUUGCUUCAACGUCAAGGCAACGUCGAGGGAAUGUUGUGCGCUAGCUGGGGUCCUGCUAGGCAGGGUGAGGCCAUUCACCUUCAGGGCAGGCUCUUCAUUCACACUGUAUAGAGAUUUAGCAUGUCUGUCUAAAAGAUCAAUAAAAAUGUCUUAUUACCAAAAA